AGAGGAGAGAGCAGAAACACGUCCUGAUCCCGAUCCUGGUCCCGGUCCAGCUGCAGCGCGGAUCCCGGAGCAGGUCAGAGCGAGGCAGAGGACAGGCGGGAGGAUGGGCCGGCCGUAGCGCUGCUGCUUUCGGGCUCGCAGCUCCAGGAUGAGCGUAGCGCUGCAGGACCUUCGGAACACCAUGUCCAGCUACAAGCGAGCUACGCUGGAGGAGGAGGAGGGCUCGGACACGCCAGCUGAGGCGGCCUCAUCUCCUGACAGAAUGGAGGUUGGCUUCAGGAAGGGUGGUGUGGACAUCCUGGGUAGGAGGACUCAGUUGGAGGUCCUCCUCUCAGUCAUGCUUCUCGCUGCUCUGCUGGCUCUGCUCGCCUGUCUGGUGGUUCUGGGGCUGGGAUUCAGCUCAGACAGUGGGCGGGGCCUUUGCCUGUCAGAGGCAUGCGUCACUGUGGCGAGUCAGAUUGUUGAGGCGAUGGACCGCAGCGCCGACCCCUGCCAGGAUUUCUACCAGUUCGCCUGCGGCGGAUGGAUGAGAAAGAACCCACUGCCUGACGGACGCUCGCGCUGGUCCACGUUCAACAGCAUAUGGGAGCAGAACCAGGCGCUCCUCAAACACUUACUGGAGAAUGGGACGUUUAACGGAACCAGCGAAGCAGAGAGGAAGACUCAGUCCUACUACCUGUCCUGCCUCAACACACAGAGGAUCGAAGAGCUCGGAUCUCAGCCUCUCAUGGACCUAAUAACCAAGAUCGGCGGCUGGAACAUGACCGGUCCGUGGGAAAAAGACAACUUCAUGGAGGUUCUGAAGAUGGUCUCUGGUCCGUACAGAGCUCAGCCGUUUUUCAGUGUGGGAGUCAGCACCGAUCCCAAAAACUCCAACAGCAACGUUAUCCAGGUGGACCAAUCAGGGCUCUUCCUACCGUCCAGGGACUAUUACCUCAACAAGACGGCCAAUGAGAAGGUGCUGGCAGCAUACCUGGAUUACAUGGUGGAGCUGGGCACGCUGCUGGGGGGCGAGAAGAGCUCCACCCAGCUUCAAAUGCAGCAGAUUCUGGAGUUUGAGACGGCGCUAGCUAACAUCACCGUCCCCCAGGACCAGCGGCGAGACGAAGAGAAGAUCUACCACAAGGUCACCAUUGCAGAGCUGCAGCUGCUGGCUCCAGCCGUGGACUGGCUAGACUUCUUGACUUUUUCUCUGGCUCCUCUGGACCUAAACGACACAGAACCAGUGGUUCUGUAUGCCAGAGAGUACCUGCAGCAGGUGUCCGAGCUCAUCAACAAGACCGACCGCAGUCUGCUGAACAACUACAUGAUGUGGACGUUGGUUCAGAAGGGAGUCGCCACUCUGGAUCAGCGCUUCGAGAAUGCUCAGGACAAACUUCUGGAGAGUCUCUACGGCACCAAGAAGAUGGAGUCAUGCACGCCGCGUUGGCAGACCUGCAUCGGGAACACAGACGACACUCUGGGCUUUGCUCUUGGAGCUCUCUUUGUCAAGGCAACAUUUGACAAACACAGCAAAGAGAUUGCAGAGGACAUGAUCAAUGAGAUCCGCUCUGCAUUCAAAUACGCUUUGGACAGACUCAGUUGGAUGGAUGAUGAGACAAGACAGGCUGCUAAGGACAAGGCAGAUGCAAUCUAUGACAUGAUUGGUUUCCCAGAAUUCAUCCUGGACCCCAAAGAACUGGAUGAUGUUUACGAUGGGUACGAGGUGUCGGAUGACAGCUUCUUCCAAAACAUGUUGAACUUCUACAACUUCUCAGCCCGAGUGAUGGCCGACCAGCUGAGGAAGACUCCAAACAAAGACCAGUGGAGCAUGACUCCUCCUACAGUUAAUGCCUACUACAUGCCCACUAAGAACGGCAUCGUAUUCCCUGCUGGGAUCCUGCAAGCUCCUUUCUACGCCCACGACCACCCUAAAGCAUUGAACUUUGGUGGCAUUGGGGUGGUGAUGGGUCAUGAGCUUACCCAUGCCUUUGAUGAUCAGGGUCGUGAGUACGAUAAAGAGGGUAACCUGAGGCCGUGGUGGCAGAACUCCUCAGUGGAGGCGUUCCGUCGUAGAACAGAGUGCAUGGUGGACCAGUACAACCACUACACCGUAAACGGGGAACCAAUCAACGGAAAACAGACACUUGGAGAAAACAUUGCUGACAAUGGGGGACUGAAAGCAGCUUACCAUGCGUACAGAUCGUGGAUCAGGAAAAAUGGAGAGGAGAAGAGGCUUCCAGCCGUGAACCUAACAAAUGAUCAGCUCUUCUUUCUAGGAUUUGCUCAGGUAUGGUGCUCAGUUCGCACACCAGAGAGCGCUCACGAGGGCCUGGUGACCGACCCUCACAGCCCCCCCAAAUACAGAGUCAUCGGCACUCUGGCCAACUCUCCGGAAUUCAGUCAACAUUUCCAAUGUCCAGAAGGGACGCCCAUGAACACCGGGAAGCGCUGUGAGGUCUGGUAGAGGACCGGCAGUGGCGAUGGGGUUGGUUAAUCGGUUCAAUCCACAGGUUGACCGUUAUUAUAGUGUCUUAGGUUCUGCACGACCCGUUGCGUUCACAGCCCAUGUGUAAUCUUUAGUUCAUCAGUUACUUGGCGACGAUCAGACUAUCUUCCUGUCUGGAAACCGAACAGCUUCAACAGACUUCAGAAACGUGACGAUCCGAUGAUGAUGGUGAUGAGGCCACAUGGGACAGUGUUGCUGAUGUUUGCUUUAUCCCCAUUAAUGGGCUUUUAAGUGUAUGUUUUUUUAUGAGGGGUUUCUGUAUCUUCGUCUGUGACAUCACUGUGAUAACCUCACACCAUACUGACCCAUUACUUCACCCAUGUGUAAGGAAGCUGUCGUUUGAUUGGCUGGAUGCUGGAAAAUGAAGAUAUCCAAGGAUUUAAAUACUCUAUCUGUACAUUUAGAGGUUUUAUUUAACACCAAAUGGCUUUAAUGUUCAAAUAUACAUGUAAUGUUCCUUUAAUCCCGCUGACAGCCAAUUAAAUGUAAAGUAUCUGACAGUCUUCUGGCCAGAAUCAUAAAUUGAUGAAUUUUGUCUGUUUUUCCACAAAAAAAAGUCUAUUAUCAUCAAUCGAACAUUUUCAGACAAUCAUCUUUGUUUCAUCUGCUGCCUUGAAUUCAAGUGGAAUUAUUCACUAUUUUAUUGGUGCCAAUUUUAAGGUCAAAUCUCCACAGUUGAUUCCUUUAGUCUACUUUAUGUAGUUUCCCUGUUAAACCCAGAAACAAUGUGCCAUGAUCCAGAAUGUUGCCUUCAAAGUCUAAAAUAAAGUGUUUAAAUAUAAAA